AUGGCAUCACCUCCUACUGAUUCACCUGAUAAGGUUAAAUCAGAAUCUCGCUUUUGGCCUUAUUUCAAGCAAAUUAACCAAACAGCCCCUAAAUCCAAAAUUGAAUCAGCAGCAGAAAUCGAAGUUAAAAAAAACCAGUAUCGAACUCUAACCCCACAUCCAAUGGCGGAAGGGGACUCCUUUCGCUCCAUCUUCGUCGACACCAACUUCGAUACCCAUCUCGCCGUUGCCUUUUCUCCCGACGACACAGUCGCCGAUCUCAAAGUUUCAGGCAUCAUGGCAUUAUCAUGCUUGUCUCAAUGUGGAACCAAUGUAACAUCUGAACUUGGUAAAGAUAUAGUUAAUUACCUUUUUAUUCAUUUGAAGUCCAGUUUUGGCUAUCUAGUUCACUACAAAGAGAAGGUUAAUAAUCUCCAACAAACUUUCGAAGAUUUGAGAAGCGUAAAAAAUGACAUACAACGAAGAACCAAAGCAGCUGAGAAAAAUGGAGAAGUGGUAGAUGACGUAGUGACUUCAUGGCUAAGAAAAGUUAGCGAACUCGAACAAGCAGUAAAUACAAUGUUAGCAGAGAUUAGAGAGAACAAAAGAAGCUUCAGAAGAUUCUAUCCUAAUUUAAUUUCACGUUACAAGCUUGGGAAAGAAGCUACAAAGAGAAAACUUGAUGCUGAAAAGCUCCAAGAGAAAGGGAAUUUCGCAACAGUGUCUCAACUUCCUCCUCCACCUAGCAUUGAAUCAAUGCCUGCAGGUGAUUUCAUGGCUUUCAGCUCGACCAUCGAAGCUAUGAACAACGUCCUAAAGGCAAUGAGGGAUGAAAAUCAACAGUUAAUUGGAAUUUACGGUAUGGGUGGCGUUGGUAAAACAACGUUAAUGGAAGAACUUGGGAGGCAAUUCUCAAUAAGCAAAGAAUUUGGCACGGUUAUUAAAGUCGUGGUGUCGCAAAACCCUAACAUAGAUCAAAUCCGCCGUGAGAUUGCUGAAGAGCUCGGGAUGAGACUCUUUGGAGAGGGUGAAUCUGCUGCUAGAAAACUUGCUGAUAGGUUGAAGAAGGAAACCAAGAUUGUCAUCAUGAUGGAUGAUAUUUGGUCAAGGCUAGAAUUGAGAGUUAUAGGAAUCCCAAUCGGAGAUGAGCACAGAGGAUGCAAAAUUUUGUUUACUACAAGAACACUUCAAGCUUGCCAACUAAUGGAAAGUCAUGCUUCGAUUUUAGUGGAUGUUUUGACAAGAGAAGAUUCUUGGACUCUUUUCAAAAGCAAAGUAGGUGAUAUCUGUAGAUCGCCUGAUAUUGAAAAUGUUGCAAGAAAAGUCGCCGAUGAGUGUGGAGGCUUGCCACUAGCAAUUGUUGUCGUUGGACGAGCAUUGAGAGGAUGUAGUGAGAAAAGUGUGUGGGAGAGUGGCUUGAUGCAGUUAAAAAGAUCGAUUCCUGAUGAGUUGUUGAAUGUGGAAGAACAGUUGUUCAAGUCUCUUGAAUUGAGUUACAACUACAUUAAGAACGAAGAGAUGAAACUCUUGUUCUUGUUUUGUUGCCUAUUUCGCGAAGAUUAUGAAAUAACCGAAGAUGAGCUAACAAGAUACGUUGCUGGUGAAGGUUUCUUGAAGGAUGUAUAUAGCUUGGACGAAGCAAGAGGAAAAAUACAUUUGCUUGUGCAUGAUCUGAUAGCGAGUUGCUUGUUGCUGAAAACCGAAAGAGAGAGAUCAGUGAAAAUGCAUGAUGUGGUUCGAGAUGUUGCUGUUUACAUUGCAUCUAAAGGGGAUGAUUGUUUCUUUGUUAAGGCUGGCUUAGGUAUGAGAUACUGGCCUGAGAGCAAAACUUUGGAGAUGUGCAAGAGGAUUUCUUUGAUGAACAAUGAUCUUUUGGAACUUCCAGAUCAACCAAAUUGCCCUAAAUUACUCACCCUUCUAUUGAAUUCUAAUCCUUCUUUGAAAAGCAUUUCGAGUAGUUUUUUUCAGGGUAUGGCAUCUCUUUUGUUGCCUUCUUCUCUCGCUCUUUUGACCAAUCUAGGAUCACUUCGUCUUGACCGCUGUAGGAGAUUGACUGAUUUAUCUUUGAUUGGGGAACUAAGGAAGCUCAAGAUACUUGGUCUGCAGAAAUGUCAAGUUGACAAUUUGCCAGAAGAAAUAGGAACUUUGGCUGAUUUGAAACUCUUGGAUAUUUCAUAUUCAACUUCUCUUGCCUUAGUAAAGGGGCUAUCUCGGUUAGAAGAAUUGUUCAUGAUAGGUUACAAUAUAAGAGAAUCUCUCUUUCUCCAUAUCGGUUACUUGGAAAGAUUGGCCUACAUACAGAUGUACAUAAGUGAUGUCAGGUACUUCUCUCAAGAUGUCGAAGCCCUUGAUGGCUGGAAGAACUUGAAGAAAUUCAUGAUUUAUUGUGAAUAUGAUUGGUAUUCACUUGCAACUAUCCAUCAGAAGAAUCUGUUUCUUAAAAAUGUGGAUCGAGCAGGGAAUUGGACAAAGAUACUGUUGACGGAAGCAGAAGAUUUGAUCUUAGACAGCUGCAACUGCGAUCGAGGUGAUUUUGUCAAUGUGAAGAAACUUCGGCUUGUGAACUGUGGUACCAUAGAAAACCUGCUUGACACCUCAAAACCAGAAUUUUCUCCAAAUGCCUUCGAGAACUUGGAGCACCUAAACCUCGCAAACUUAGAGAGUUUGAAAACAAUAUGUCAAAGCGAGAUUCGAUCUUUAUCGUUCAAGAAAAUGAGAGUCUUGGAGAUAAUUCGAUGCAAGAACGUGGUGUGCAUAAUGCCUUAUAAUUUGCUGCAAAGAUGUCAUUACGUUCUACAAGUCGUCUCUGUGAACUCGUGCACUGAAGUGAUCGAGAUAUUCAACUCUGAGGGGUUCACACAAGGGAUUCCUAUAUUGCCAAAGCUUGAAAGACUGCAAUUAACUUCCUUGCAAAAUCUCAUAAGACUCUUCAGUGGAAAUGUACCAAAUGGGAGCCUUCGGAAACUAAGUAGUCUGCAAGUAUCUGGCAGUAACAAACUUCAAUUCUUGCUCCCACAAAUUACAGGGGCCUUUGUAAACUUGAAAGAGCUUGAGGUUGGAAGUUGCGCAAGCUUGGAGUAUCUGUUGUUGUCGAGCUUGGCUAUAGAGUUAAAAAACCUAGAGAGACUUACGGUGAAGAAAAAUUAUGCGAUGGAGGUGAUAAUUGAAGGUGAAGAUGGUGUUGUGGUGAACAAAAGCUUGUUUCCUCGAUUGAAGGAGGUUGUGCUUGUAGAUCUUCCAACGUUGGGGAGAUUUUAUCGAGGGGAAAUAGCAGGUCGCUGUUUCGAUUGGCCUUUGGUUGAGUUUGUGAGGUUGGAGCUUUGUCCAAACAUGAAGAUGUUUCCCAUCGGAAGCAAGAGUGCACCUAAGCUGAAGAAGAUACACAUGGGAGACGACGAUGAUGUUGAAUGGUUCAAAGCGAUGGAAUGGGAGGAUGCAAGUAUUCUUUCGCGCUUUGAAAUCAGCUGCAAAACUGGGCCUUAAUUGAUUGCAAGAAGCUAAAGAGUAUGGUUCGCAAGCUAGAGAAUGCAUCAACAGGUGCAGAAAUGUUGCUUGCUGAGAGAUAUUAUGUACAUUGCCUUGAAUUAUAUCAUGCGACGUGAUUGUAAUAUCCCUAAUUUUCUAGUGAUAAUAAGUCUAAGUUAUUAUUUGUUUAAAUAGAUAUCAAAAAAAUUGAGUUAACAAUAGUAAUUUAUAAAGAUAAGUUUGUAAAGGAUGUUAAUUUAUG